AUGAUCAUCAGACAGUUUUGUGUCCGGCAUGGGCGGACAGUGUUGGCGCAGUCAUCGCGGACAGUCAAUCGAGGUUAUGCAACAAGCAUUUCGACAGACAAUCCCACAUUUCGACCCUCAGAACGAGAUGCCAAAGGGACAACUAGAAUCCCGGGCCACCCCGAUGACCCCUCAAGCAUCCUCGACACGAUCGAUCGCGCUCCAACAGCCGCAACGAGGCUUCUAGAAGAAAUGGUCGAGUCGCAACACAAAUCCAUUCGUGAUCUUCAAGCAGACAUCAACGCACACUCUGCGGCUCGAAUAAUGUCGAAACCUGCGUCAGGCUUGGUAUCAAGUACUGCGUCUCCUGCACCCACUCAAGAUGCCCUGCCUUUCCGAAAUCUAAAGGAGUUGAACCGUCACCGUCGUGCAAUGCAGAGAGCUGCUCGUCAAGGCACGCAUCUAACACAGACAUAUGACCCAUCUACAAUCCUUCGCCGGCCUCCAACAGUGGAUGACCUCACUUUGCCCAUGUUGCUGGCGAACCAGACCCAUCUCGGUCACCAUACCUCGCUGUGGAAUCCCUCAAACAGUGGUUACAUAUUUGGCGUAAGAGACGGAAUUCACAUCAUCUCGUUAGACGUUACCUAUGCCUAUUUGAAGCGUGCGGCAAAAGUGGUCCAGGCAGUGGCAGAGCGAGGCGGUAUCAUCCUUUUCAUCGGCACACGCAAGGGCAUGGAAGAGAUAAUUGUCAACUCGGCAAAACUGGCCGAAGGCUACCACAUCUUUCACCGAUGGGUUCCAGGUGCCCUGACCAAUGGGCAACAAAUCCUUGGUGAUUGUAGCGUCAAGGUGGUCGACAUCCACGACAAUGAAUUACCUCAGUACGACGACAUCCUGUCCAGAGGCUACCAUCAAGUCAUGCGCCCAGAUCUGGUAAUUUGCAUGAACCCGAUCGAAAACCAAGUUUGCCUGCACGAGUGUGGGAUAUUCAACGUACCUACGAUAGGAGUCAUUGAUACAGAUGCUAAUCCGACCUGGGUGACCUAUCCGAUACCCGCGAACGAUGACUCUCUCCGAUCCAUUUCUCUCAUCGGCGGUGUGUUGGGCAACGCAGGCAAAGAAGGGCAAAGGCUGAGGAAACUAAGGGCAGCGACGGAGGGGCAGGCAACGUAUGAUACGAGCGUGCUGCAGGAUAAACUGGUUGCUCUGGAGGAGAUGGCCGCCUUGGAUGUGCAGCGAAACGACAGCGAGAGUGCUGAUGCAAAUUGA